ACUUUGGAGCGAAUCCGCAACCGCUUGCCCUGGGUCGAACACACAGAUCUUGAAAAUGACUUCGAUAAAGUCGACCCAAAUGAUGACUUCAAACGCGAGGCCCUCUUCUACCGAGUCGCUCAGGCCGCGGUGCUUGAGGCGUUGCCAAGGCUACACGAGCUUGGAAUACCCACGAAACGCCCCAGUGACUACUUUGCUGAGAUGAUCAAAUCCGACGCGCAUAUGACCAAGGUGCGUGAACACCUCGUGGUGAACAAAAAGCGCUUGGAGUUGCGAGAGAGAGCCAGACAAUUGCGAGAACAGCGCAAGUUUGGUAAGCAACAGCAAAAGGAGAUUUUGGAGGCUCGUCGUUUGGAGAAGAAGAAGCACAUGGAGGCCCUUAAGGCGGCGAAAAAGAGUCCUGGUGAGUCCUCUCUCCCUCUGCUCUCGAAAUGUUUGAGGUUUUUUCGAGGGCUGUCGCUCGACCUCGCAUUCCGCCUAGAGUGGUUUAAUUAUUUGUUUGUCUUCGGCAGGAUAAACCACAAGCGAGUUUACAAAAAUCACAAAUACGGCUUUGGCGGCCAGAAGAAGCGCUCGAAACGCAACGACUCCCUAUCGAUCCGAUCAAUGGGCAAGGGGGAUGUCAGCAUCCUCUCGCACAAGGCCUCCUCUUCCAAGAUCAAGAAGCUUCAAAAGAAGAUGCUCAAGAGCAAGCGAAAGAACACGCAGAAACAGCGCCGAAAAUUGGCCACUGUGUGA